AUGACAUCAACUUUCUUUUGGAUGGGGGAGUUGUUGAACGAAUUGGAUAAAGAUGAAAUCAUUUUUGCUGACAAGGGUUAUCAAGGUGUUUCUGUAGAGGUUAUAACACCAAUCAAAGGAAAGAUUUUAAGUAGUGAAUCUGAAACUCUAAACGUAUAUCUUUCAAGUAUAAGACAAAUUGAUUUAAUUGUUUAA